AUGAGCUCUGUCAAUGCUCAACCACCUGUCACUAUGGAGCACAUUAGCCAUCCCAUCACGUCAUCACUGCCAGCGGUAGAGCCAGACGAUGGCACACCUCUUAGUCUGCCUGAUUUCCAGGCCCUGUUAGGGACCGACGGCAGUACAGCCAGAGGUAGUACAACCCCAAAAAGAAUGUGCUCCUGGGUGCCAAGGUGGAUGCAAACAGACUAUCGUGAGCUGCAAGAUACCAUGGCUAUGUACCCAAAGAUCCUCAGGGAAGAGAAAACGGCAUUGCGACAGCUAUAUGCUUUUGAUAUACUUAUAUAUGCAUGCCUGGCUCUUCAGCUAGCAGUAUCCUCGACUCUGGUGAUUCUGUCCGCAAUCAGCGGAGAUCACCAUAUUGUUGUUGCAGUCCUAGGCGCCGUCACUGUACUCAUCACCGGUGUGCUGUCCCUGGUCAAGGGGCAGGGGCAACCUAUGCGGUUGCUCCAGUACGCUGAUAGCCUCAAGAGAGUGCGAGAUGAUAUUGAAUUCUGUGAGAGUGGACUGAAAGCACAUGCCACUUCUGUGACCUACCAGAAGGUUCUGGAUAUCUGGAAUUCAUAUAUUUCUGCGAGAGAAAGCCAGAUGAAGAAUCGUCCUGAUGUAUGGGCUCCUCAUGAGAGGAAUACCACAACCACUCAACUUAACUCAACUGAGGUGUGA